AUUGCUCGAGUGUAUUGGUAUCAUUGUCUGAGGACAUAAGAACGUAAGAAAGAAGGAACACUGCAGCAGGCCUACUGGCCCAUGCAAGGCUUACGAUUCAGAAAACAGAUCAUAUUGGUGUCAAGGGGCAGAGAAGUGGGGAUUUGUGUUUGAAUUCCCCCCACAAAAGGAAGAGAGGACAGACCUAUUAGUUUCCAUAUAGUACAUACAUAGUACCUACAUUGUGCAUCUUGUGGAAGAGUCAAAAAUGGAUAGCAAGGACAAAGACCAUAUUCUUAGUCUGAAAGUUAUGCGGCUGACCCGACCCUCUUUAUUUACGGGCUUGGCAAUUGGGAGUGAUGCUCGGGAUUUACCAGGUGAUCAUCUCAAUGCAGAUAUUCGUGCUGAUAUAGCUAUUCCUCAGGGGCUUCCAAACACUGGGGUAGGGCACAUGCUUCUACUGCCUCAAAGCUUUGGGAACAUAUAUUUGGGUGAGACAUUUUCAUGUUGUCUCUGUGUCCAUAAUGAUGGAGAUGAUGCCAUUCAAGAAGUUUCAAUUAAGGCUGUCUUACAAAUGAGCAACCAACGAGUGCCAUUACUUGGUGAAGAAGACAGUGAGAUGCUACAACUCUUAGAAGGAAAUGGAACCAUUAAUGAGGUCAUUCAGCAUGAAGUUAAGGACAUUGGCACUCACAUCUUGGUCUGUGCUGUAAGUUAUUUGUCGCCUUCUGGAGAGCGUCUUAACUUUCGCAAGUUCUUCAAGUUCCAGGUCAUGAAACCUCUGGAUGUGAAAACCAAGUUCUAUAAUGCAGAGGUAAGAAGUAUCCAUUCUGAAAACAUAUUAGUGUAUUUUGUUCUAUGUAAUUAGGGAGUCAUUAUUAUUUUCUUCUAUUUGUCAAUUGGUUUUUAAAGGCUAAAAAAUUUGACAUUUCUAAAGCCAUAACACAAGUGACCAGUUUUGUACACAUUUUCAAAAUAAUGCAACAGUUCAGGAAUUGAUUCUGUUACUUUUACUUCAUUUGUUUUUAAUUUUAUGAUUAAAAAAUCUAUAGUAGGAUAACUUAUGCUGAAUGAUUUAAAGAAAUAUUGGUUGCUAUUAAUUUAAGUGUUAUAAUUUCAAUAAAAAAAAAAAAGCUUCUAACAUUUUGUAGACCGUUUCAUUAUCAAUACCUAUAUUUUAUUUGUUUCUGCAAACAUAUCUGCAUGCAUUAUUGUGAGAACAUUUUUCCUGGUUUUGAUUUGUGCUAGAUUAAUAUUUCUGUAGUUUGUAUUCAUGAAAGAGUACUUAAACGUCUUGUUUACCUGGAGUUUAUCUGGAGAGAGUUCCGGGGGUCAACGCCCCCGCGGCCCGGUCUGUGACCAGGCCUCCUUAGGUCAGUGUCCCAGGAUGCGACCCACACCAGUCGACUAACACCCAGGUACCCAUUUUACUGAUGGGGAACAUAGACAACAGGUGGAAAGAAACACGUCCAAUGUUUCUACUCUGGCUGGGAAUCGAACCCAGGCCCUCAUCGUGUGAAGCGAGAGCGUUAACCACCAGGCCACCAGAGCCCCCCAGGCUGAUAUCAGGUGAUAUCAGGGGUGGGAGCAAGGGGUUCUUCUAUAUACUUCCUAUUGGAUCAGGGUCUCUGGAACAUCAGACUCCAUUCAAGCCCCAGCAGAGAAUCAUGCUCCUCCACCUUUACCUGAUCCUGAAACUAUAUCACUUUGAAGAAGAGGGUCUGGGGAUGUUGCAGUUUAGAGGGUCAUGUGCCUUAGUGUUCACUAACUUUUUUUACUUAAGGAUUUUAUGUCUUCAGAUGUUAAUUCAGUAUAUUAAUUUAUUUACCCAGUUCAGUACUGUUUCAGUUUUCAGUAUUUCUCCACAAUAAGUACUUCACUACUAUGAAUUAAUUACUCCAGUCUUGUUAAUACUGUAUUACCAUAAUCAUAAUUUCAUUGAGUAAUGGUGAACAUACGUAUUUCCUUCUUUGGGUCACACUGUCGGGGUAGAAAAUGGUCAUUGUGGUAGAAAGACUGUUCUGGGGAUUUAAGUAUAAGGGAUAAGAUAGUGAGGGCAGUAAAGAGGCUGGGUUUGUGAUGUGAAGUGCAGAUGAAGUGAUCACAGGUCAAGGGUUACUUCAGGCAAGGGAUGGUGAGGUGGUGGUUAUUGAGGGAUGUGCAGGGUGAGGGGUGCUGAGUUAGUUAUAGGAAUGGAAGGAAAAGGCAUGGUGUGGACAAAAUAGUAUAGCCAAUUAAAAUGAUGGAUUGCAGCUAAAGUAAUAAAUAAUAAUAAUAAUAAUACAGUAUCUUCCAUGGGGAAAUGGAACAGAAUUCUUCCUCCGUAAGCCAUGCGUGUCGUAAGAGGUGACUAAAAUGCCGGGAGCAAGGGGCUGGUAACCCCUUCUCCUGUAUAUAUUACUAAAUGUAAAAGGAGAAACUUUCGUUUUUCUUUUUGGGCCACCCUGCCUUGGUGGGAUACGGCCGAUGUGUUGAAAGAAAGGAAGAUUCACAGUAAUAGUAAACACUCCAGAAUUUCUGUUUUCAGAAGGAAAAUAUAACACUGCUAAUGCAAAAGGGCAAAGGAUAUCUCUUGCCACCAAUACUCGAGAUGUUUAUGUCGGGUUUUCCUUAUGUCCAUCCAUAACUGGCUACGUCAUUUUCACAAACUUAAAGAAUAUUUUUCUUCUUUCAUUAUGCUAAAUAAGUUUUUCCAUUAUAUUAGAGACCACAGCCAUCUAAUGAACUGGCUUUCUUCCAAAAAUGUUUAUACCUCUUCGAAUGUUCACAGAUGGUCUCGCUGAAUUAACUAUUUAAAAUCAUCAUUAUCGUGAAUCCUAGCCUUAGGAUAACUUCUGUAGAUGCUUGCUUGCAGUACAUCAUCAUAUGCUGUAUGCUUCAAAAAAAGAAAAGUGUGACAUGACUUGAUUUCUGGCUUUUUUCUCUCUCCUUUCUCACUUGCAUGUUGAUAAUGGGCAUGCAUAAUGGUUUGUAGAUUUUCUAAACUAAUUAUUUGUCUUAAUACAAGGGACUUGUAGAUAACAUGACUAAUAUUGGUAUUGGGUAAUUUUUAAAAAUUCUAUUUGAUUACCUUUAUUUGGGUUUGUAAAAGGCUAGAUUUCUUUCUAUUCAUUGCUGGAACUUAGACUAGCAUAUGUACUUGUUACUCGCUUUGCUUUUCUAACAUUUUGCGCAAUAAGAGACUGAGGUUUCCAUUGAAAUAUUCUGAUGUUGGUUUCUGGUCCUAAGAAAAUAUAAUGCACUGUGUUCCUGGUUCUAAUUAAUCAUUCUCUUUGCAAUUAAAUUCUAUUAAUGGUAUGUAUUGGUAUUGUAUAGAAUAUUAUUUUUUAUAGCAAAACAUGAUAAUAAAAUAGUUUCUAAUUCACUAUUUAUACAGAAACUAGAUUUACAAUUAAGUGAACUCUUAUAGAAUUUAAGUACAGUAGAACUACAGUAUUUCCUUACAGUGGACACACAGCAAGAGCCAGGUGUACUAUUUUUUUCAACAUAUCUAACCUCAGCAUGUUUUUGCAUGGUCAUAUUGCUUGCUUCUGCAUGAAUACCUGCUGCUCUUCACACCUGCAUGCAGGACUAUGUUGUAAGUAUGACUCUUUUUUUUAUUUAGUUUGUAUUAUACACUUAAAUUCCCAAUUUGUGGGCUUCCUAAUUUGCAAUUUUUGAUUAUUUGAUGUUUUGCUGAAUUCCCAUUUGCAAAUAUCUUAGAUUAUUUGCAUUUUUUGGCAGUGCACACUAUGUCACAUUAAUUUAAGACCCCUGAAUUGAAAACGAAUCAUAGAAUUUUAUUCGGAUUCUGCAUACUGUCUUUCCUUUUUUAGUUUUUUUUUUUCUGUAUGAGUGUCAGUAAUAAUUAGAUUAGUCAUAUUUAAGGAGAAAUGGCCUCUGAAACAGAAAAUAAGCCCAAAAGUGAAAUAAAAUUUAUUAUGCAGACAU